AUGGCUGUUAAAAAACACGAACUGGUUGCUGACAACAAAAAUCAGCUUGAUUUAACUGCGCUGGCGCAAUUCUUUCAAAUGAUGAACGAGCAGCCUAAUUAUCUACCACCUCCUCAAGAGCUCGUCAAACAUUGUCAAGAUAUUGUUAAAUGUCUAUCACGCACAGCGGGCACGGUGGAACAACUGUGUCAACUGCUCCAACCAGUAGAACAGUUCUUACUUCGAGUAGUGACGACAGUUCAUAGUGACGUUCGUCAUGAAAUUUUCACGGCUAUUCUUGACAAAUUCUAUUCGUACAUCUCUGAUCCUCAAUCGGAUGCUUGCCCGGCUACGGCUGCAGUUUUAAUCGUUAUUGACGAAACUGACGAAGAAUCGGCUUUGUCAGCCGCUCGGUGGUUAGUCCAGCAGCGGGAAAAUGGUCCGGCUGGAGCUGGGCUACGGGCGGCUCUUUCUUGCUUGUAUCGUUGGUUGUCGGAAUGGCACAGAACACCCGCCCUGGGAAAUUGGCUGAUAGCCUAUAUAAAGGCUCUGGAGGAGAACGAGCGCUUUGAUGUCCUUAUUGAGACCAGCGUGGACAACAUAGCCAAACUGUUCUCGUCUAUGGCGAACCCUGCUCCCUUUCAACAGAAGGCAGCAGAUGCCAUAUUCCACAUACUAGCCUCUUUACGGGAGUCUACUGAAGCUUUUGACAGGAUCUCUGCUCAUGUGGGUGAUGUCCUCGUGAAUCUUGCUGCUGACAGUGGUCAAUUUAGUCGACAAUUACUGCAGAACUUGGUUGACAUUUUGAGUGCUAUGGUUGAUGGUAUUAUGGAAACAUUGAAGGGUGAAUCGCAAGAUAUCUUUCGAGAUAAAUAUGCUGACGUGUUUCUGUGCUUGGAGCGACAUAUGGCGUCUCGGGCGUCGACUUUUCUCCAGCUGCCUCCAUGGCGCGCCCGCAAUGUAUGCUUCGCACCGGUCACGAACCACGUCCCUAUGCGCAAGGUUGGCUUGCUCAACCUAGGCAAUACUUGCUAUAUGAACAGCGUCAUGCAAGCCCUACUUGUUGCGAGACAGUUCAGCAAUCACGUAGUGUUGAGAAUGACGGCAGUUCCAUAUUGGGCGAAGAUGAGUGUUCUCUUCGCUAAAAUGAUGCACUCGAUCUCCACGAAACUGAACCCGGAUGACUUUUUCAGUGUCGUCAAACCACCCUUUUUCACCAGAGACAACCAACACGACAGUUCGGAGUUUUUGGGAUAUUUAUUCGAACUUCUGCAGUCGUACGAACAUUGCUCGGACCGCAACUUCGAUUACACGAGGCCGGCGGUACUAAGCGGCGCUAGUCGCCUGCGCAUGAUCCACCCGCAUGUGCAACAACAUUCCUCAUCACACGCCAGUGACGAUCAUUCAGAGUCGAGUCAAAGCCGUCGUUCUCUUUCACCCAGGCCAGGAAGCAGCGCUGCAGGAUCAAGCUCAAGCGGUCAAAAACGGAUGUCCCCAGAGAACGACACAAUGUCGCCACCCAAAAAACGUUUUCGUAUAAGCGAGGCUUCCUUCUUACGUCGCGAUUCCUUCAUUGAUAGCAUGUUUGGUGGCGUGUUACUUACACGCGUAGAGUGCACCGUCUGUCACGCUUCCUCGCUAUCACGCGACGUGUUCCGAGACCUACAGCUUGCCUUCCCAGAGAAACCUGAGGGCCGGAAACACAGCGUGCAAAGCCUUCUAGAAUAUUACUGCUCUAAAGAAAGUCUCUCCGGGGACAACAAGUAUGAAUGCCGCGAUUGCGGUGGCUUGCAAGAUGCUGAGAGAAGCGUCCUCAUAGAAACUACACCAAAGUAUCUCAUACUUGUACUCAAGAAUUUUAAAACCCGCGGCUUCUCUCGCGCAAAACCUGCAAAAAAUACUCGAAAGAGGUUUGAUUCCAAGCUGCAAGUGCAAACGAAGCUAAUGCACACGGUCUACCACAACCACACGGUGACCCUGCCCACUGUACGAGCUCAAGCCGUGCACGCGGUGUACAACUUGUUUGCAGCAGUCAUACACGCAGGCACCACCCUAGACUCUGGCCAUUACUACACUCUAGCCAAAGACAACGACCAAUGGCACAAAUAUAAUGAUGAUGAAGUCACAUGCUCUGAUGAAAACCACCUUGACGGACUCAACCGCUCCAGCACACCCUACGUACUGUUCUACAGACGCACUGACAUCGAAGAGAGCACUGCGCCCUCCAUGAACGAAUUGCCACCUAAAAUUCAAGAACUCGUACAGUCCCAUAACAAACAAUAUGUCGAGAGUGUUAGGAAGAUAUGCCUCAAUCGUCCA